AGCGUCUUCCGGAAGUGCGGAGUGUUCUAGUAAAUGUGGUUCUCUGGAAACAACCGGGUCAAACACUUUGGUUCCGUUCGAUUUGAGAAGCGAUAUUUAUAUUUUAUUAAGGUUUGUGAUUUAGAUAGCCUUAUUUUUAAUACUCAUUUAUUUAGAUACACAAACACAACAAUUUCGUAGCGUAUAUAUAGAGGACACGCUUUUCACAUGCACGUGAAUGGCCAGAGAUUAAUUUGGUCAUUGAAUAAUUCCAUAAGAAACAAUAAUUAGUCUAUUAGAAGCACUGUGGCUCAGUUAUAAUGUAUUCAAGUGGGUCAAAUGAAUAUGGAUGUGGGAGCGUGUACGUUCGUGAAAAAGGAGAACUCCACCUUGUAAACCCCACAGGAAAUGUGCCUCAGUACCACAGACCUAAAUCAUCGUAUAAAUUAUUCGAUAAAGAUUUUUCAGUCAGACUCUGUAUUGACCGAUUUCCACCCGCCAAAUGUAAAAAGAGAAAGGAUCACUUCGUCUUCACCUACAACAGUGAAGGGAGUCUGCGCUACACGGCAAAAUCGCUGCUCGAUAUAUCGUUACUGUUUAUCGCCGGGAAUAUCGAACACGUCGAUUCCUUGAUCGGUUUCCCCGAGCAAAUGGCCGACAAGUUAUUCGCAGCGGCUGAGGCGAAACAGAAAUUUGUAGAGCCUUCUACCUCUGUGAGGGGGUUACAGGUAUUUAGCGAGGCCUACAGGGAACUUGUGUUAAAGUCGCUGUGUUUGAGAGACAGGUGUCUCUUGCUUUCAGAAAGGAUGGAAGAGAUUCGAGUAUUUCAUUAUUUGGAAACUCUAGAUCUCCACGGAUGCAGGUUAGGUGACUGCCAUGACUUUUUCAGUCACCUAACAUCAGAGGCUUGUUCCAGGCUUGUAAAGUUGUUCUUGGGAGCUAAUGAUCUGUCAGAUAAAGGCCUGCAGAGACUGACGGCGCCGAUCAGAGUGAUGAAAAGAGGCCUGGAGAACCUGCAACACCUGGACCUGUCGAGUAAUCCACUGACGGAGAAAGGACUCGGAUAUUUAACGUGUUUUCAAAAGCUGCGCGAGCUGAACAUCUCUGACACGAAGGUCGAGGCGAACGCAUCGCUGAAGAGCUUCUUCAGGAAUAAAAUGUCGAUGGUGUUUUCAGCGUCACGGCUGCAGACGUUCACGCACUCGGCGUGUAAAACCGACGGCUGGGCCGAGGAGGUAAUAAACCAGUGGGAAACGAAAGCUGCAGAACUGCCGCAGAAAAAUCCAAAGCCAAGAACAAACGCAUUCCAGUUCUACGGAAGGGAGAAGUUUGCGCGAGAGAGCUUACGUUCUGCGUGUAACGAUUCCCGACGUGAAGACGAGACAAACGUCAUCCACUUUCACAAGCUGGACCGUCACGCUCCGUCCCAACACGGCGCAGGUACGCACACACUCCUGAACACGCAGGCUGGAAAGAAGAGGAAGUUCAGCACAGAACAGGAGGAAGGCGGUAACACACACUCCACAGCCAAGCGCUCUGCGUCUCUGCGUCCGUUAUCAGCUGAGGACUUGGAGCUUCUCGAUAGUUACUGAGCAGCGUCUCUCUAACACCACACACCGACACACAAUGCGAUAUUACUGUGUGUGUGUGUGUGUGUGUGUGUGUGUGUGUUUUCUGGGAAACAGGAUGAGUUUUAUAACUAUAAUAAAUAAAUGCUAUAAACUAUAAUAAAGGUCUGAUGUUCUCACUA